CUCGGCGGCCCGGGGAAGGCGCGGGAGGCGGUGCUGCCGGCCGGCGCAGCCGGUUAGGUUGCAGGAGGCGGGCGGGGGAGGAGCGUGGCGGGCGGGGCCGGGCGGCAGGAGGGGCUGGCCCGGCGGCCGGGCCAUGCAGGGCGCAGAGCCGGCGAAGCACUGCUGAUACCUGGCUCUGUGCGCCCAGGGGCGGCUCAUGCCCCCCGCGCUCCAUACUCCGCCGCUGCAACCGGGUCGCAUCUGGGCAGGGCGCUGCGCGGCGGAGCCGACUGCGGGGCACAAUGCUACUCGGAGCCUCUCUGGUGGGGGUGCUGCUGUUCUCCAAGCUGGUGCUGAAACUGCCCUGGACCCAGGUGGCGUUCUCCCUGCUUCUCCUCUACUUGGGGUCUGGCGGCUGGCGCUUCAUCCGGGUUUUCAUCAAGACUGUCAGGCGAGAUAUCUUCGGCGGCCUGGUGCUCCUGAAGGUGAAGGCAAAGGUGCGACGGUACCUGCGGGAGCGGCGGACAGUGCCCAUUUUGUUUGCCUCAACGGUACAGCGUCACCCCGAAAAGACAGCCCUGAUCUUCGAGGGUACAGACACCCACUGGACCUUCCACCAGCUGGAUGACUACUCGAGCAGCGUGGCCAACUUCCUUCGGGGCCGUGGCCUGGCCUCAGGCGAUGUGGCUGCCCUCUUCAUGGAGAACCGAAAUGAGUUUGUGGGCCUGUGGCUGGGCAUGGCCAAGCUGGGUGUGGAGGCGGCGCUCAUCAACACCAACCUCCGGCGGGACGCCCUCCUCCACUGUCUCACCACCUCUGGGGCACGGGCCCUUAUAUUUGGCAGUGAAAUGGCCCCUGCUGUCUGUGAGAUCCAUGCCAACCUGGACCCCUCGAUCAGCCUCUUCUGCUCCGGCUCCUGGGAGCCCAGCACAGUGCCCGCCAGCACAGAGCACCUGGAUCCCCUGCUGAAAGAUGCCCCAAAGCACCUGCCCAGUCGUCCUGACAAGGGCUUCACAGAUAAGCUCUUCUACAUCUACACGUCAGGCACCACAGGGCUGCCCAAAGCCGCCAUUGUCGUGCACAGCAGGUAUUACCGCAUGGCUGCCCUGGUGUACUACGGAUUCCGCAUGCGGGCCGAUGACAUCGUCUAUGACUGCCUCCCCCUCUACCAUUCAGCAGGAAACAUCGUGGGAAUUGGGCAGUGCCUGCUCCACGGAAUGACAGUGGUGAUCCGGAAGAAAUUCUCAGCCUCCCGGUUCUGGGAUGAUUGUAUCAAGUACAACUGCACAAUUGUGCAGUACAUUGGCGAACUGUGCCGCUACCUCCUGAACCAGCCGCCCCGGGAGGCAGAAAACCAACACCAGGUUCGCAUGGCACUAGGCAAUGGCCUCCGGCAGUCCAUCUGGACCAGCUUCUCCAGCCGCUUCCACAUACCCCAGGUGGCUGAGUUCUACGGGGCCACUGAGUGCAACUGCAGCCUGGGCAACUUCGACAGCCAGGUGGGGGCCUGUGGCUUCAACAGCCGCAUCCUGUCCUUCGUGUACCCUAUCCGGCUGGUACGCGUCAACGAGGACACCAUGGAGCUGAUCCGGGGGCCCGAUGGCGUCUGCAUUCCCUGCCAGCCAGGCGAGCCAGGCCAGCUGGUGGGCCGCAUCAUCCAGAAAGACCCCCUGCGCCGCUUCGAUGGCUACCUCAACCAGGGCGCCAACAAUAAGAAGAUUGCCAAUGAUGUCUUCAAGAAGGGGGACCAGGCCUACCUCACUGGCGAUGUGCUGGUGAUGGACGAGCUGGGCUACCUGUACUUCCGAGACCGCACGGGGGACACAUUCCGCUGGAAGGGCGAGAACGUGUCCACCACCGAGGUGGAGGGCACGCUCAGCCGCCUGCUUGACAUGGCCGACGUGGUGGUGUAUGGUGUGGAAGUGCCAGGAGCUGAGGGCCGGGCCGGAAUGGCUGCUGUGGCCAACCCCGCUGACAGCUGUGACCUGGAGCACUUUGCACAGGUCUUAAAGAAGGAGCUGCCCUUGUAUGCCCGCCCCAUCUUCCUGCGUUUCCUGCCUGAGCUGCACAAAACAGGGACCUACAAGUUCCAGAAGACAGAGCUGCGGAAGGAGGGCUUUGACCCAGCUAUCGUGAAAGACCCACUGUUCUACCUGGACACCCGGAAGGGCCACUAUGUCCCACUGGACCAAGAGGCCUACACCCGCAUCCAGGCAGGCGAAGAGAAGCUGUGAUUUUCCUGCUACAUCCCUCUGAGGGCUGGCAGAUGCUGGAUCCAGAGCCCCAGGCUCCACCCCAGAGGGGUCCUGGACAAAUGCCAGACCAAAGCAAGCAGGGCCCAGCACCUCCACCCAGGGUUCUGGCCCCUCCCUUCAAAACUGCCAGGUGACUCACUGCCACCUCCCACACCCCCUCCAGAGGUUUUCUGUGAAAGCCUCAUGUCCAAGUUAUGUCUUCUGGGCUAGGCAGGCCCUCUGGUUCCCAGGCUGAGACUGACAGGGCCUUCUCAGGAUGAUGUCUUGGGUCAGUGCAAGGGGAGGUAGAGGGGUCACCAAGCUCUCCCAGAGAACAGGGAGCUUAUAAAUGGGACCAGGGCAGCAGUCUCCAGACUCAGGAAGCCAACAUAGUGGGCAGGGGCAUUAGUGGCUGUUGGUUAGGUGGCCGAAGAGGAUCCUGGCCCCAGAGCUGCCCAAGUUAUUCAGCUUCACUUGUACCUCCAGGAGGGGAAGAGGAGGCCCUGACAUGGCCCCUGAUUCCCUCCUGCAAUAGGAGGUCAGGACAGAGUGCCCCUUAUCUCCCCCCACUCCAUCAUCCUCUCUCUGGGUGGCUGCCUGGCUGUCCCUCAGGCAGGGCCUUUCUGUCCUUGUGGGUCUGUCUGUGUCACCUUCUCCAUCUCAGUCCUGCCCUGGCUAUGAAAGGAGGAGGAAUGGGGGAGGGGGGCUCAGGGACCAAUAAACUCUGCCUUGAUUCCUCCUA